AUGUCUGUCUCAAAUGGAAUCAAAGGCGACAGGAGCCAUGGAUGUCUGAUUAUCAUACACCAGUGCGUCGUCCUCUUCAUGGCAGGCUCCGCUUUAUGUGGCGCUGCUCCAGACAUGAAAUCCAUGAUAGUUGGCCGAGCUAUGGCUGGUGCUGGGGGAAGUGGCAUGUACUUCGGUGUCUUGACCUAG